CAAUGCGAUGCUAAAAAACAAAUAAUGUGAGCACCAAUUAGAUGAUAUGGCAACUCUUUUACAUUUUUGAUAGGUACUGCUAGGCUUUUUUUUUCCAUAGCAUACGAGUAUAGAAUAUCUUUAACUUUGGUUAAAUCAAAUGUUUGAAAAGUUCUUGUUACGCAGCUGAGGAAUUAUUUAUGAACGGAGCACUGUGUCUUGUUGCAAAAUUUUCUUAGUGCUCUUUCGCUAUACUCAUUUUUGCUAAGGUGAAAUGGCAUCAAAUAACACCAAAGAUUCAACAGCAGCCAAAAAUACCACUAAUGCUUUAACUUUUACUUUUCGAAAACGUCUGCAUGCUUUAGCUUUAUACAAUCAUCUCCAGGUCAGUAUGGAUUCCGAUGAAAUUAAUGCGCCAAGUUUUCCAGAUUAUAUAAUGAAAGAAUUAAGAUAUAUAUCCCAAAACAGGCACAACAACCAAGUAAACACCGAUACUGCUCCAAUUGAAAAUGGAGAUCACCAUGCAGAAGAAAGAAACAACCCUAGUUCUCUUCAUCAAGCACCUGUCCCAUUGGAACUUGGCACCAUUGCAAACAAUGUUGGUAGAGCAUUACUUGAGAAGACUACUUCUCGGGAAGAAAUCGAACAUCACGAACAGAAACUUGUACGUAAAAGUGGAAAUAGAGAUAGGAAGAGAGCUAGGUUGGGAAAAGCUUUCAUCGGUAUGGUUGGUGUUGUUGAUAUUGCUAAUCCAAUUAAUACAUUUGCCAAAAAGAAGAAAUAA